AUGUCCUCCACAACGUCGCCAAGUGAAUAUAAAAGUUCGGCAAACCAUUCAACUACCACAACCACCACAACGACGGCGUGGGGCGAAGGCAUGGUGACCUCAGAUCUAAGAACAGACACAGGCAUUUCGCAAUUGUUAGAAGGUUCACCACUCAUCUAUACUCCUACGUUGUCAUCUACUGGAACUUCACCGGAAUUAAGGGAUACCUUAGAGACAGAUGACGAUGGCUUAUUCCUAGGAGAUUAUAUUAGUAUAGAAGAAUUGCGCAAAAUUGCCUCAGAUAAUGAAUGCAUUCUCUCUGCCACAACAAAUAAUUCUCCGACGCUACCAAUAAUGACCCCAAUAACACCGAUGAAGCCAAUUGCACCAGCAUUAUUUAGUCCCAUAUCCGCCAUAUCUUCUGGUGUCAUAAGUGAUUCUCAAGAUAAAUCAACCUCUCCUGCACCUGUUGCUUCUGAAGAAAAAAAGAAAUCGGCAGGCGGACGCAAGAGGAAAGCGGAAAGCUUGGAAGAAAAGGAACAAAGACAACGUGAGAGUCAUGAUCUGACGGUUACCAUCGUUUUCUUGCGUAGAAUAUUAAGAAAUCGUCACGCAGCUCAAAUGUCUCGGGACAAGAAACGAAGGCAAAUGGCUGAUUUGGAGUCACAAAAUGUUGUUCUCAAGGAAGAAAAUGCACACCUUUCCAAGCGGCUAAAAGUCGUGGAAGAAGAGAAUGCGAUCUUAUCCAAUAGACUUGAAACGAUUUCGGCACAACUCGCUGAAAUUCAGUCACACCUAGCUGUAUCCGAGAUGACUAAAGUCCUACUUGACGGUGUUCGCGGAUCUGCAGUAUCCGCGGCCUCGGAAGGCGACUCUUUAAUGAUAACCGAUGAGAAGGAAGAAAAUCAGAAAGAGGAAAAAAAUUCACCUGAUAAUGAACAACCUUCUUCCAUCACCACAAUAAGAGAAACGUCCGAGAAGUCCCAGCAGCGGCACGUCAAGAUGAGGAACCUUUACGGGACGUCGUUAACCCCUACCUUUCCGAUUUGGAUGUAUCCACCACAAAUGCUGAAACAACUAUUGUUGACCUUCUCGAUA